AUGCUCUCUGUCUCAAUCGCUCAGCCUUCGCGUGGGCUUAAAGGCCCUGCCGCUGCCGUUGCAGACGGUGCUCUGUUGUUACGUCCGCAGAUGGAGUCCCUUGCGAGGGAUUUCAUCUGUGCAGUGGAUACGUCCACAGGAGGUGUCCUUUGCGAAGGAUAUCGCCUGUGCAGUGGUUACGUCCACAGAUGGGAUCCUUUCCGAAAGAUCUCACCUGUGCAGUGGUACUCGGUGGUUACGUCCGCUGGUGGUGUCCUUCGUGAAGGAUGUCACCAGUCUGGUGCGGCUGGGGAGAGGAAGAUGGAUAUGGAACUGGGUUAUAUUUUCAAGACUGGGGAUGAGGAACAGGGGUAUAUAAGAGGAGGACUGACGGAUGCGGCAUGGAGGAAGUUAGGUUGGGCGUCUUCUGCUGCUACCGUUGUCGAGCAACUAGCGGGAAUCUCACUCGUUCAAGACAUCCACAAAGCGGAGAAUACGUUCACGAUAUCACCCAACUUUCGUAGUCCAUGGGACCGACUUUGGAUCUCUCUCCAUCCAAUUAAAUCUGAGCAGGAUGAUAGCAGCAAUACGUAUGAAAUCCACACCUACCCUCCCUCCGAAAAUGCCGAGUACGGUCUUCCCGACAGAGUGACCCUCACUGGAUAG